AGCUAGGAAGCUCUGAGCAGGACUCAUCAAUUAUUCCCCGAGUCAGCCAAGUGGAAAGUCAAACUAGGUCAAGAUGCGAAUUAUCUCCAUGUACCCGAGCCACCCGAGACCGAGCUGGGCGCGCAAGCCAAACGAACAUCAGCCCGAUAAGACUGAUAAGAUAAGAGCUUAGUGCUGUUUUGAUGUGUGUGUAUCUCCUUAUCUGACGCUUAGGCCAUUCGCACGCGGCCGAGAUCGACCUUAGCCUAUCUAGAAAGGCCGUGAGCGCGUCCAGCAGAGGAGGCGCCGACCAGUCCCGCUCCCGCUCUCAGUCUGCAACGAUGGCCACAGUUCAAAUCGACGCCAGCGCACCCGUUCUCUCGUCCGGGGUCGGCUACGCUAUCGUCCUCGGGAUGGGACUCGGAUUCGCCGUGCUCAUGCUAGCCAUAACCAAACUCUCGGCCCGCUACUCCGGGGUCUCCUCGUCCAGCUCGGAAGAGUAUACUUCGGCCAGCCGAUCGCUCAAGCCGGGCCUCAUCGCGUCCGGCAUUGUUUCUGCAGCUACCUGGGCCGCGACGUUGCUCCAAGCGUCGACCGUGUGUCUGGUGUAUGGACUCAGCGGCCCUUGGUGGUAUGCCGCGGGCUCGUCGACUCAGAUCAUGGCUUUCGCUCAGAAUGCUAUACAGCUGAAGCGAAAUGCCCCCGGCGCGCACACGUUCCUGGAAGUGAUUGGUCUUCGAUGGGGGACAGUUUGUCAUUUGAGUUUCAUGUUCUUUGGGCUCGGAACCAACAUCAUUCUGACCUCGCAAUUGAUCACGGGCGGAGCUGAUACCGUCAACCAUUUGACUGGGAUGAACACGAUCGCAGCCUGUUUCCUGAUCCCGAUUGGGGUUGUCAUCUAUACACUGGUCGGAGGAUUGAGAGCCACUUUUUUCUCGGACUAUAUCCACACGGUGCUGAUAUUCGCCAUCAUCUUCGCGGUCUCGUUCUCCACAUUUGCGACCAAUGCGUAUCUAGGCUCGCCUGCCAAGGUGUGGGAGCUUCUCCAGACAGCGGCCACGAACUAUCCCGUCGCGAAUGCUGCGGGUGGGUCCUACACGACGAUGCGCUCGUUGAAUGGAUUCGUGUUUGGUGUCGUCGUCAUCGUUUCUGGAUUCGCUACGGUUUACAUGGAUCAAACCUACUGGCAACGCGCGGUAGCCUCGAAGGCCUCCACCUCCGUCAAAGGAUAUAUCCUCGGAGGCUUUGCUUUCCUUCCAGUGCCUUGGAUGUUCGCCACGGCUGCCGGCCUCGGGAUGAUCUCCCUUUCGGCCGGUCCCGCCUCUCCUUUCCUUCCCAUCCCACUGGCUGGGGCGGGCGGAGUGGCACCCGCCGCGAUGACCGCCUUGUUAGGCAGAUCCGGCGCUGUGCUUCUGUUGAUUGCCCUCUUCCUGGCCGUCACGUCAGCCGCAUCCGCUGAGCUGGUGGCAGUUUCGUCUAUCCUGACGUACGACGUCUACAAGCGCUACUUCAAUCCACAUGCCACCGACAAGCAGAUCCUCUGGGUCUCGCAUGCCGGUGUCGUUGGAUUUGGCUUGUUCAUGGGUAUUCUCGGCGUCAUCUUCUACGAGAUUGGUAUUUCUCUUUCUUGGCUGUAUGGUUUCACCGGGAUCUUCGCCUCAUCUGGGGUUUUCCCCGUUGGCCUUGCGAUUCGAUCGCGCAAGGCUAACAAGUACGGCUGUCUUGCUGGCCUUUGGAUCGGAUUCUUCUGUGGAGUGGCCGCGUGGCUAGCCACCGCUAAAGGUCACGGGGGAACAGUGGACGUCGUCACAACCGGCGGAGUCUACGAACAGCUCGCGGGCAAUGCCGCGUCGUUCUUCAUCGCGGCCAUCAUCUCUAUGAGCACGACGUUCCUCUUUCCCGACAACUUCGACUUUGAUAUCACGCGGAGGAUGAAUGCGUUCCGAGCCGAGGACGCCGUCGCAGCUGCCGCGCAAGAGAGCGUCGGCGGAAACGUCUCGGAGGAAGGGGACGAGGUCAAAGCAACAGUCGAUGCCGAAGCUGCCGUCUCAGAGGCCGUUCUCGAGAAGGGAUUUAUCAAAGCCGAGGAUGACUCCGACGAGAAGCUGCACCAGGACUUCUUGCUUUCUGUCUGGCUGACGAUCGGGAUCUUUGUUGUGCUCUGCGUCGUAGUCCCUGCUUUGAUGGUCAUCCCGCGAAUCUGGUCCAAAUCUGGGUUCACGUUUUACAUCGUGCUCGCCUUCCUCUGGACAUUUGCGGCCGCGUUCGUGGUGAUCUUCUACCCGCUCUGGGAAUCCCGCGCAGCCCUGUCACACAUGACCCGGUCUAUCUUCAGGGACGUCUCAGGGAAUUAGGAAGGGUACUCGAUUCACUUGGGGGAGUUUACAUGAUCCGUAGAACUAGAUGGCUGAGUUGAUCAUACUGUUUGAUAUAAUCAAUGACGAAAUGAGACAUCUUACUUCAGUCAAGCAGUGGACUUGAGCUUGAUUGUGGUAAGGCAGGGAAUAUGAGCUGAAAAGAGUCUUGAUACAGCUAAAAA